AUGAUGGCUUGCAUUCAGUUUGUGCUUCUCUUCUUGUGUUCUUUUAUCUUCAUUUUUAAGUUUAACCCAUCUUAUGCUCAAAUUUCCAACUUACCAGUUAAGUCUCUAGUUCUUCUCCCUGUAACCAAAGAUCCUGCAACCUUUCAAUACUUGACCACAAUUUAUCAUGGCACUCCACAAGAACCCGUCAAGUUAGUACUUGAUCUAGGCUGUCCAUCCCUCUGGGUUGAUUGUUCCUCAGGACAUGUGUCUUCUUCUAGGCGUCCGAUUCCAAGCUGCUCAAUCCAAUGCUCAACAGCAAACCCGAGCAACAUGAGUUGUGCCUUCUCUGCCGCUAGGCCUACUUGUGAUCUCUCCGCUGAGAACAGCAUCACAGGGUCAGCGACAAGAGGUGAGCUUGUAGAAGACAUCUUGACCAUCCGAUCUGUUGACGGGUCAAAAUCAGGUCCAGCCACUACAGUAGAUCACUUUCUCUUAUCUUGUGCACCUAAAUUUCUUUUAAAUAGGCUAGCAAAGGGUGCCCAAGGAAUGUUAGGCCUGGGCAAGACUCGAAUUGCACUUCCAUCACAACUUGCUUCAAAAUUUGGGUUCCAAAGAAAAUUUGCAACCUGCCUAUCAUCAUCUUCAGAUGGUGUCGUUUUAUUUGGCAAUGAGGCUGGUUACGACUCAAUUUUUGGCACAGAAAUUUCAAGGUCACUAGUGUACACCCCUCUAGUUACUAACCCAGAUGGCAGUGGCAGCUCCCAAGAAUAUUCCAUCAACGUGAAGUCCAUCAAAAUUAACGGCAAGCGAUUGCCUCUAAGCCAAGAGGGUAUUGGUGAAGGGACAAAAAUAAGCACAACUGUGCCCUACACCACUCUGGAGAGCUCAAUAUAUAGCACUUUUAUUAAAGCUUAUACGGAGGCUGCUACCAAUAUGACAAUUGUGGCACCCGUAUCCCCAUUUGGUCUUUGUUUUAGCUCGAAAGAAAAUGGCAGCACCUUAUUGGGGCCAAUGGUUCCUACAGUUGAUCUAGUUUUGCAAAGUGAGAUGGUGAAGUGGAGGGUCCAUGGUAGGAAUGCAAUGGUGCCGGUGAGUGAUGAGGUUAUGUGCUUGGGUUUCUUGGAUGGUGGCGUCAACUCCAAGACCAGUAUUAUAAUAGGAGGGUUUCAAUUAGAGGAUAAUCUUUUAGAGUUUAAUUUAGGUACUUCUAUGUUAGGAUUUAGUUCAUCAUUAUUGAACAGACAAACAUCUUGUUCUAUGAUGUUGCAAUCUAUACUUAAAGACUCCUUGUAA